ACUAAAUAUACAAUUUCUUCUCUUAUUUUUUUAUUUAGUUACACUAGAGAAGAACCACAGGUACCUGUUUGGAGCACCAUCUCCAUCCUUAGGUUCGAGUGACGGUUCUCAUUGAAAUAUUGAAUGUUCUUGCUGGUUGCCUGCAUCUUCAAAUUUUUCCCCUUAAGGGCUCGGUCGCUUGGCCUUUAUUCCAUUGGUAAGAGAGUUGACCUGGUCAAUUAACUAGUCAGCAUCAGCGAGGCACUUCAUGACGCCAUUCCAUGUGCCCAUUGCCGUACUGCCAUCUCAAGGAUCUCAGGCUGCAACCACAUGCUUUGCAGGAACUGUGGGAAGGGUUUCUGUUAUGGCUGCGGCAAGCCAUUAUAUAAUCACAAAAGUGAGCAAUGUAUACGUGAUGAGGAGCUGAAGUCAGUGAGGCAGGCUGAUGUGGUUAAGCAGAUACAGAAAGAAGUAAUGGCGCCCGGGGUCAGAAAUUAUCUGUGCCCGAGUUGUCACCAACAAAACCCCAAGAUGGGAAACAACAACCAUAUUUUCUGCUGGGCGUGCCAAGUCCAUUACUGCGCGCUGUGCCGGAAGGUGGUUCGGAAGAGCUCGGAGCACUAUGGUCCCCGGCGCUGCAAGCAGCACACUGUCGACCCCGAGAUCCCCCCAGCAAAAGAAGGAUGGUGAACCGGGUUUUCAGAAGUUCAGAGAGGUUCAUGUUCUACUAUAAUGAUUUGCAAGCCACGCUGACGUUGUCACUUGUUAGAGCAGGAAGUGGGCCAUGUUUUACUGUGCCAGUGUCAUACCAUGUAAUUGUAAAUACAUAUAUUAUGCAAUUUCAAUUUUCAACGGACAU